AAGACCUGCUCUCCGACACUUACGGAAGAGCCCAAUUAUUAAAGCAACAGCAAAAGCAAUUAAAAGCCAUCGAACGAGAAGAAACUACGGGAAGAAGACCAACAACUAACUCAAAUCAACGAAAAAGACCAAAAACUAGCCCAACAAAGAGAAAUCUUAACCCAAUUACUCAACAGCCAUGUAGAGCAAUUAGCCAACUUGGAAGGAGGAGAGGAAUAAUGACUAACUACAAUUUAGAAGAAUUUAAAACCUGGCUAAACGAAAACGAAAGCCGAAAAGAAAAAAUAAGCAAAGAAGUCCAGCAUGUUGCUGGAAGACACCGAGGAAAAAAAUACUUAGAUUGCUUUUUUGACAACCAAAAAAAACAAAUCACCGAACAAAAAGAUAAUGAAAUAAAGCAUAUUAAACAAACCCUCUCCGAAAAAUCCCUCCAACUCACCAACACCUUAAAAUCCCUCUCCGAUCUCCAAUCUGAAAACAAAACCCUUAAACAAACCAACCAAGACCAAAAACAAAGAAUAUUAGCCCUUGAAGCCGACAAAUCUGACCUACUUAAAACCCUUAACCAACAAAAAGAAAAACACCAAACCCAUCUUAACAAGCAAAAACAACAACUUACUAAGCAAAUCACUUUAAUAAAGGAGGCCCUCAAUAAAUAG